AAUCCCAGCAUGCACCGGGCUGGGGGCGGGGCUAGACUACAAUUCCCAGCGGCCCUUGCAGCGCGUCCUGUGACUCCGUGGCCGCAGAAGCGCAAAGAGGGAACCUGGGUCGCUGCCUGGGGCCCCUCCCGCCACCAUGGACGAGGUGGACAAGAUCCUCAUCCACUCGCUCCGCCUCUCCGGAACGCAGGUCCCCGAGGAGGUGCAGAGCCUGCGGGAGUUCACCACGGAGCUGAUCGUGGAGUCGGUGGUGCGAUGCCUCCGCGUCAUUCACCCGUCGCUGGGCACCAGCCUCGGCCACGUGCUGCCCCCUGGCAUGUCGGCCCGGUUCCGCAUCGGCACCAGCCUGGCCCAGGCCUGCCAGGAGCUGGGCUACCAGGGAGAGGUCGGGUACCAGACUUUCCUGUACAGCAGCGAGCCCGAGAUCCGGCGCCUCCUGCUGUUCCUUGUGGAGAAGCUGCCCAGGGACGACGCUGAGGACGCCAGGCAGCCGGCCGGGAAGUCGGCCGGGCUACUCCGCGCCAUCGCGGCGAAGAUCAAGGAGCAGCUGGGGACGCCCUGGGUGCCCCCCGCCUGCCGCACCCCACGGCUACAGCGGCUGCAGGGCACCUGCCUGCUGAAACCCUUUCACGCCCACCCCUUGGUCCUGCCCCGCGAUUCGGGGCCGGUUGAGCGCCGGGAGUUUUUCGGGGGGUUCCUGCCCCCGGUGCCGGCCCAGCCCCCCCGGCCGGGCGCUGGGGCCCCCUCCCUGCUGGAGCGACACGCGGGCGACCUGGGGGCGCAGCACGACUGGGAGGCCGACUGGCAGAGCCAGGGGCUGGCGUCUCGCCUGCCCCCCAAGGAGUACGUGCAGUGGAAGCGUCAGCGGCUCCGGCGGCGCCUGCUGGACCAGCUGCGUCUGGCCGCCCCCCCCCACGGCACCGCCGGCCCCCCCCAGCCAGGGGCACCGGACCUGGCAGAGCUGCUGAGCGCGGGGGGCGCCGGGGGCCCCUGGCCAAGGGGUCCCGCUUCAGCCACGCCCCGCGCCUGGCACAUGAACAGGAGCUCGUGGGGCAGAUGCAGGCGGCGCUGGAACCUCUCGCGUCCUCCAAGACCUCGGAGCAGCUCUGGCCCACGCCGGGUAUCCCCACCCCCCCCCCCCCCCCCGGAAAAGCCCCAGGCCAGGGGACAGGUCACAUGUCCUGGGAGCCCCCCCGGCCUGACUCCCGGGGGACCUGCCUGCAAACAGCGCCAGCCCCGGCCCCAGCCGAUUGUCCUGCUUAACGGCCUGUUCCUGGCCCCCCCUCGCACCACUGCACCGGGCCCUGAGCACGAGCGCCACGUUUACACGCGCGACCCCCCCCUCGCACCACUGCACCGGGCCCCGAGCACGAGCGCCACGUUUACACGCGCGACCCCCCCUCGCACCAUUGCACCGGGCCCCGAGCACGAGCGCCACGUUUACACGCGCGACCCCCCCGCGCACCAUUGCACCGGGCCCCGAGUUCUUCCUCAGACCCCGAGCGCCACGUUUACACGCGCGACCCCCCCUCGCACCAUUGCACCGGGCCCCGAGCACGAGCGCCACGUUUACACGCGCGUCCCCCCCCUCGCACCAUUGCACCGGGCCCCGAGCACGAGCGCCACGUUUACACGCACGACCCCCCCUCGCACCAUUGCACUGGGCCCCGAGCACGAGCGCCACGUUUACACGCGCGACCCCCCCUCGCACCAUUGCACCGGGCCCCGAGCACGAGCGCCACGUUUACACGGGCGACCCCCCCUCGCACCAUUGCACCGGGCCCCGAGCACGAGCGCCACGUUUACACGGGCGACCCCCCCUCGCACCAUUGAGGUGCAGGUGCGGCAGGAGGAGGAGCUGGCUGGCCUGCGGGGGGAGCUGCAGCGCCUGGAGGCCGAGAUGGACGCCGUGUGCGGGGAGGUGAAGGUCCUGGAGCUGAGCCUCAGCCAGGCGGAGGCGGGGCUGCGGCAGCAGCGGCUGGCUCUGGGGGGGCGCGAAGAGACCCUGCAGGUGAAGAGCCGGGCCCUGGAGCUGCUCCCCCAGGCUGAGAACAACCUGGCCAAGCUGCAGCUGCUGGUGGAGGGCAGCGCCCAGCGCCUGGUGCUCCUGGCCGCGCAGUGGGAGACGCGCCGGGGGCCGCUUGUGGAUCAGUAUCGUCACCUCCGGGCCGCUCGCCACUCCCGCCAGCUGGAGUCGACCCGGCGCGUCUCGGAGAUCCAGGCCCUGCACGAGCGCGGCCGGAGCGCGGCCACCGAGGCCCAGCGCAAGGAGGAGCUGUGCCGGCAGCUGCUGACGGAGCUGGAGUCGCUCCCCAAGGACGUGUCGCGGGCAGCCUACACCCAGCGCAUCCUCGAGAUCGUCGGCAACAUCCGCAAGCAGAAGGAGGAGAUCACCAAGAUCCUGUCGGACACCCGGGCCCUGCAGAAGGAGAUCAACGGCCUGAGCGGGAAGCUGGACCGGACCUUCGCUGUCACCGACGAGCUGGUCUUCAAGGAUGCCAAGCGGGACGAGUCGGUCCGGAAAGCCUAUAAAUACCUGGCAGCUCUUCACGAGAACUGCAGCCAGCUGAUCCAGACGAUCGAGGACGCGGGCGCCAUCCAGCGGGAGACCCGGGACCUGGAGGAGCAGAUCGAGAGCGAGGGGACCAAGAAGACUUUGGCCAACCUGGAGCGGAUCCUGAGCGACUACCGGGCCCUGCGGCAGGAGAACGCGGCGCUGCUGGGGCGGAGCCGGGAGCCCUGAGCCGGCUGCAUAUAACGCCCCCCCCCCAGCGGGGCCCCCGAUUCUCCACUGCCCCACCCCCACCCCCCUUCUCUCCCCUGCCAGCUGCUGCAGCCGCCCCCCCCCCCAAGCAGCAGCUGAGUCGGGGCACUGGAGUUUGCUCCCUUUAUUCCCCCCCAGCCUGGCGCCAAGGCGGCUGUGGCUGGGGUGCAGCGUCCCCCCCCCCCAUUCCCCUGCUGGA